ACUUUCUUCAAUUCCUUCACAUCUUUCCACUUUUUUCAGGUUUCCAGAACUUAUCGCCGAAAAUCUCUUCCUCCUCUUCUUUUUCUUUCAAUUUUCUUGCUCUUCCAGUACUUUCUGGCUCUCUUCAUCAAUCCCUGUUGAAGCUCUUGCCUUGUUCUUCUUGAUGAAAAUAUUCAACUGGUGGAACCAGUUCUGACGCCUGAGAAGAACAACCAGUGCGAUGAUCUGGUUCUAGAAUGCUCAAUUAUAGUUCGUGUCCCAUGAGGUAAUAUAAUGAUGAGUGACUUCUAAUUUUUUGACACAUGUAUGUCAUGCGGCAUUGAUUGGAUGCUUCACUUUUAGCAACCAUAUGGAGAUUCACAUCUUCUUCUUCACCUUUUCGUGCUUCCUCCUUCUGAUAUACAAGCUAUCAAAUCCCAGGAAAUCCAACAAAGGGCUAACCUUACCUCCAGGGCCAUGGAAGUUACCUCUUAUAGGGAACAUCCAUCAAAUUGUAGGGUCACUACCUCAUCACUCCUUUAGAAAUUUGGCAAACAAGUACGGACCCUUGAUGCACCUUCAGCUUGGACAGACAUCCAGUGUCAUUGUCUCUUCCUCAGAAAUUGCCAAACAGAUCUUCACAACACAUGACCUAGUCUUCUCCAACAGACCUGAUGUUUUUGCAGCCAAGAUCAUCUCUUACAAUAACAUAGGUAUUGGCUUUUCUCCAUACGGAAACCAUUGGAGGCAGCUUCGUAAAAUAUGUACUUUGGAACUUUUGACGCCGAAGCGUGUUAGGUCCUUUAGAUACAUAAGGGAAGAGGAAGUAUCUGCCCUCAUCAAAGAUAUUUGCUCUAAUGAAGGGUCACUCAUAAAUCUGAGUGAGAAAGUUUUUGCAACCACGAAUUCCAUAAUCUCAAGAGCAGCCUUUGGCAAGAAGUCAAGAGAUCAAGAAGCUUUCAUAGAUAGUCUAAAGGAUACCAUGAAGUUGAUAGGAGGUUUCUCAGUUGUGGAUCUGUUUCCUUCUAUCAAAGCGCUUCAAGUGAUUACAGGUAUGAAAGCUAAACUUGAAAGGAUCCAUAGAUUGAAUGAUGAAAUCAUCGAAAACAUCAUCAGGGAUCACAAAGAAAGAAAAGCCAGAAACAAUGAAAGUAACGAAGAGAAUCUGCUGCAUGUUCUUCUAAAGAUUCAGCAGGGGAAAGAUCUAGAACUUCCCUUGACUCAUGACCACGUCAAAGUCGUCCUUCUGGACAUGUUCAUUGCUGGAUCUGAGACAUCAUCAACUACUCUAGAGUGGGCCAUGGCAGAAUUAAUGAAGAACCCAAAGGUAAUGGAGGAGGCUCAAGCUGAGGUCAGAAAGAUUUACAAAGAAAAAGGGUAUGUGGAUGAAAGUGAGAUUCAUCAAUUGAAAUACCUAAACUCAAUUGUGAAAGAAACCUUAAGGCUUCACCCACCAGGGGUGCUGCUACUUCCACGGGAAAACACACAGGUGUGUGUGAUCAAUGGAUAUGAGAUACCUAAAAAGACUAAAAUCAUUGUCAACGGUUGGGCAAUAAUGAGAGAUCCUAAGUUUUGGGAUGAUGCUGAUACCUUCAAGCCAGAGAGGUUUUUGGAUAAUCCAAUCGAUUUUAGAGGAAUGAAUUUUGACUAUAUACCAUUUGGUGCUGGAAGGAGAAUGUGUCCUGGAAUUAACUUAGCUAUGCCUAACAUUGAGCUUCCACUGGCCAAUUUGCUGUAUCAUUUUGACUGGAAGCUACCAAAUGAAAUCACUCAUGAAGAGUUUGACAUGUCAGAGAUGUUUGGUGUUAGUGUAAGGAGAGCAGAGAACCUCUGGCUAGUACCAGUUGUUUAUCAAUCCUAGUUCUAUAAAAGGCCAAAAAGGCCUCUGUGACAUGUCGCCUCUUGGUAUUUUUAAUCCUUUGACUCUGAAUGAAGGUACUCAGCGACUUAUUUUGCCCUUUUCGUUUA